UUCCAGUCUGCGAGACUUCAGUCUCCACUUUUCCCACCUCUCAAAUUCAGCUCCUCCCAGAGGUCCAGGGGAAGCUGCAUCUUUGGGGAGAUGCCAGUGGCUUCAGGGUCCCACCACGCAGCCUUGGGUCCCAGUCGGAGCCACCCUGAGUGACAGCGGCUGGCCUCCAAGUCAGCGAAGCUGGGGCCGCUGCCAUGCUCAAGGCUGCCUGGCUUCUGAAGCCUGUGGUGCCGCAGGGGAAGUAGGCUCCCGCCGUUGGCCCUUUGGUCCUCUGUGACGCGGGCAGCUCCAGUGGGCCGUUGGGGGGCUCAAUGGCCUUUUCUGAACUACUGGACCAAGUGGGCAGCCUAGGCCGGUUCCAGGUUCUGCAGACAGUGGCCUUGGUGGUCCCCAUCAUGUGGCUUACCACGCACAACAUGCUGGACAACUUCUCGGCCGCCGUGCCCAGCCACCGCUGCUGGGUGCCCCUCCUGGACAACAGCACCGCCCAGACUGCUGUUUCCAACCGCCUGUGUGACAUCUCCAUGAUUGGUGUCACAGCACCAAAAUGUAACAUCUUUUUACACAGCUCCUCCCCAAGGCACCCCCCAGCCUUCACAGCAGCAACCACCCACCAGCCUCAGAGGACCUCAGGGCCCUGGUGGGUGUGGAGCAGGCGCCUCACCCUGCUGCUGCUCUUGGGAAAGCGGGAAAGCGUGCCUGGCGGGGGAACUUGCAUGAGCAAAGGUCGGGGUGGGGGGGCAGGAGCCAGGGUGGAGAGGCGGGCACUACAGGGGUUCGUCAGCUGGGCUGACAGUGCAGGAGGCCUGGCCUUGAUGUGGAGGGCCAUGGGAGCCAGGUGGCUGGCAGAGUCAGCACGAUGGCUUCUCGUCACGGGCAGGCUGGAGCAGGGCCUGCGGGAGCUGCAGAGAGUGGCUGCCAUCAACGGGAAGAGGGCAGCGAAGAACACACUGACCAUGGAGGUCUUGCUCUCGGCCAUGAAAGAGGAGCUGAGUGUGAGGCAGGCGCCCGCCAGCCUGAGCACCCUGCUUUGCACACCUGGACUGGGCCUCCGGACCUGUGUCUCCAUUCUGUGCUGGUUUGCCUUUGGCUUCGCCUUCUACGGCCUGGCCCUGGACCUGCAGUCCCUGGCCAGCAACAUCUUCCUGCUCCAGGUCCUCUUUGGGGCCUUUGACAUUCCAGCCAAGAUAGGCACACUGCUGCUGCUAAGGCACCUGGGCCGCAGGCCCAUGCAGGUCGCAUCGCUGGUGCUGGCUGGGCUCUGCAUCCUGGCCAUCACGCUGGUGCCCCGCGAGAUGGGGACCUUGCGCUCAGCCCUGGCCGUGCUGGGGCUCUGCGGGGUGGGGGCCGCCUUCAUCUGCAUCACCAUCUACACUGGCGAGCUGUUCCCCACCGUGCUCAGGAUGACCGCCGUGGGGCUGGGCCAGAUGUUGGCCCGAGUGGGAGGCAUCCUGGGGCCUCUGGUCCGGCUGCUGGGAGUACACAGCCCCUCACUGCCCCUGCUGGUGUACGGGGCCGUGCCAGUGCUGAGCGGCCUGGCUGCACUGCUGCUUCCCGAGACCCAGAACCUGCCGCUGCCGGAAACCAUCCAAGAUGUGCAGAACCAGGCAGUAAAGAAGGCAACACACAGUACCCAGGGGCGCUCUGUCCUGAAAUCCACGCAGUUUUAAGCCUCCUGAGAGCCUGAGAUGGGACUGUGGGAGGAGCCUCCCGUCCCCUGCAGACGGCAGGCCAGCAGACCUCAAUUUCCAGAGGGCCCGGGGGUUGCCCCUCCAGCCGCGCCCGGCCUCUCACUGUCUGAAGAGCCACCUUCAACACAGAAGGGGCAAAAGAUGGUGUGAUUGGCAGGAGGCUGCCCACCGUGCCAUCAUCUGACCCUCCCUCAUGGCUGCAAAGAGGAUCAGGAACGAGGCCUGGGGGAGAAGCCAGCCUGUCGACCCCGAGCCCCCCUCCUCAGCUCACUGCCCCCAGGCUCAGGCUGACGGUCACCCAUGGUCAAAACCUCUCCAGCCUCUCACUCCAGCCAGAGGGCUCUGCACAAGUGAUGGAGUCUCUGCUCCUCAGCUUCCCCAGAAAGGUGGCCCUGGGCCCACCCCACUCCUCUCCACACUCCAGCCACGCGCCUGUCCUGCCGGCCAUGCCUUCUGCCUGGAAUCCCCCCGCCACCUUCUCUACCUGACAAACUCCCACUCAGCCUCCCCCGGCCAAUGUCCUCAUUCCAAGGACCCAGGGCCCAACCCAAGGUUCUACUGAAACCCUAACCCGUAGCCUCAGCCGUAUACCUGUCUCCCACCCCCACCAGCCUGUGAGUUCCCAGAGGGUUGGGGUGUCCACAGCUCCCACACAGCCAGGUGGAGGGGCAUCAGUGGGAGACGAGAGAGUGAAUAAAGGAACAAAUGACUGCCCCUCA